AUGCUUCCUGUAUUUAUUCUAGUUUCUAUGAUUGUUUUGGGGGCCAGCACUGUGAUGGCGGUGGUCACCAAUUCCUUCAUCAUUGCUGUCAAUCUUAUAGACAAAGCCAAGUCUAAGAGCCUCAGUCCAUCUGAUCUCAUUGUGGUGACGCUAUGCGUAUCCAACAUUUUCUUUCAGCUCAUCAUGAUAGUGACUGAUUAUAUGAGCUUUCUAUGUGCUGAUGUCUACUUUACAGAUGAAGUCUACAUUUUAUCUACUGCCCUACUCAUGCUUCCGAUCUACUGCAGCUUCUGGUUCACAGUUUGCCUUUCAGUCAAUUAUUAUUUGCAGAUUGUUAUAGCCACCCAUCCAUUUUUAAUACGACUAAAACUUGCAGCUGCUCAGCUAGUUCCACGCUUAAUAAUGGCUUCAGUUUUCAUAUCGUUUGCUACAGGCCUUCCCGCAUCCUGGAAUUUCCAAGGAAAUCCUUCAAAUCAAAACAUGACAAUAAAUGAAAGUGUACACAUUUCUGUUGCUGACUUGAAUGUUGCAUAUCCAGUUCCCAGUACCCUCAUACUUUGUUCUCUUCCAUUAGUAUUGGUGGGUAUUGCCAAUGGUCUGAUCAUCAAGUCACUUUUGGUACAUACUCACAAUUCAGAUAGGAAUACCAAGGGAGAGCUCAGUGCUCAUGCAGAGGGUCGAGUACGGGCAGCAAGAACAAUAAGUUGUCUUCUUUUCCUUUACAUAUGUUUUUAUAUAUCAGAAGUUCUUCUUUUUAUGGAAACUUUUCCUCGAAGUAGCCCAGGAUUUUGUACCUGCUUGAUGAUAAUCUAUGGCUAUUCACCAGCCCAGUCAAUUGUUCUCAUAUUUGGAAGUCCAAAAUUAAAACAAGUGUCUCUGAGUUUAAUCCAUUGUGUUGGCAUCAACAAGGAGAAACCUAAGAAGCCAACAGUCCUUUUUAUCAAUGUAAACAUGAAGAAAACUGUAAACGCAUCAGCAAACUGA